UCCCACUUGACAGUCUGUAUGUCUGUCAUCAACUCAAUGGACCCGUCGUCAAUUCCUCUCUCACUCCUAACUUAGUGCUCCUCAGUCCACACACACACACCCACGCUUCAAGUGAUAUCACCUCUCUCUCUCUCUCUCUCUCUCUCUCCUUAGAUCGCGUCACAUUGCCCUUCAGUCACAAUGGCUUCAGUCGUCGACUCUGCGUGGACGUAUCUCAUCACCCAUUUUAGUGACUUUCAACUGGCUUGUCUUGGAAGCUUCUUUCUUCAUGAGAGCAUCUUUUUCUUGUCUGGACUUCCAUUUAUAUUUAUGGAAAGGGCUGGGUGGCUGAGCAGAUACAAAAUACAGACUAAGAAUAACACACCUGCUGCCCAGGAGAAAUGUAUCUCUCGGCUAUUGCUCUAUCAUUUUUGUGUCAAUCUACCUGUUAUGAUUCUAUCCUAUCCAAUCUUCACAUCCAUGGGGAUGCGAAGUACACUUCCAUUGCCGUCCUGGAAAGUAAUCUCAACUCAGAUUUUAUUCUACUUCAUCCUUGAGGACUUUGUCUUCUACUGGGGCCACAGGAUUUUACAUACAAAAUGGCUUUACAAGCAUGUCCACAGUGUCCAUCAUGAAUAUGCAACGCCUUUUGGCCUGACUUCUGAAUAUGCGCACCCUGCUGAGAUUCUAUUUCUUGGGUUUGCUACUAUACUCGGUCCUGCCAUCACCGGGCCCCAUCUGAUAACUUUGUGGUUAUGGAUGGUACUUAGAGUCCUUGAAACAGUUGAGGCACACUGUGGAUAUCAUUUCCCCUGGAGUUUCUCAAACUUAUUGCCUUUAUAUGGCGGAGCUGAUUUUCAUGACUAUCAUCACCGACUGUUGUACACAAAGAGCGGAAACUAUUCAUCUACUUUUGUUUACAUGGAUUGGAUAUUUGGUACUGAUAAGGGUUAUAGAAAAUUGAAGGAGCUGAAGAGCGGAGGGGCCGAGACAAUGGUUAAGGAGAUGUAAAAGUUAACGGGACAUCUAGGUUUGUGAUUUUGGAGCAUCAUCGUCUUGACUGGUUUCAUAUCAUUUUGGUUUCUUAGGUUGUUUGCAAUUGCAAUUUGUAUCCCAAUGCUGCUGCAGUUAGUAUUUUGUGUUAUGCGGAAUCAAGUCAUGGCUUGUUAUGGAUUUUGUGCUGCAACUGUAACCACAUGAAUGCAUUCCGCACUUUGUUCAGCUCUCA